AGCAGUCUCUCUUGCGUUGCUCGCCAUCUUUUUCUUUUCGACAUUGACUACCAAUCAAAGCAGACGACAUCUGGCGCUCGUUACGAUGAAUGUCAGGAUCUCAUCGACUACUGCCUCUCUACUGCCGUCGUGGCUCGACGUCCGCACGGCGCUGUACACACUCGCCCCUCUGCUUCUGGUCCUUCAUCUCGCCCGCGUCCGGCUCGCGCGGUACGAACAUAUCAAGUCGCUGCAGUCCGACUUUGGUGACCGGUAUGCUCUGACAGACGAAGAGGCGGCCAAGGGCGGCAAGCGACGGAUGAACGAGAGCGGCUAUCGAGGCAUUAGGGAUGCGCAAGAAAUCUUUAGGAACACCGGCCACUUUGACAUGCCCUUCAUCUCGCUCAAGGCGCUUGAGUUUGCCCUUUUUAGAACGUAUGGAAUCCCGACGAUCUCUAAGAUCCUUUUGCGGACGGGGCAGUUUGUCGACAUUGACAAGUCGUCGAAGCGCUACGUCGAUACGUCAGUCCUCAUUGCGUCCUUUUUCACUUACCCGCUCCCGGUAUUUGAUCUCGAGGACAACGAGGAUCAUAGCAAGGCUCGAAAAAGGGAAAAGGGCUUUUACAACGAUGAUCGAAAUGACCCGAGGUCAGCCAUUGCCAUUGCAAGGAUCAAUUGGCUGCAUGCCAGAGCGAACAAGAUGCAUGAACCUCAUGGCGCAGGCAUUUCCAACGACGACCUCCUAUAUACGCUCUCAACAUUCAUGAUUGUCCCUGUUCGAUGGUACCGCUUGUACGCCUGGCGUCCGGCUACGCCGCUCGAGUCGGAAGCGAUCUUUACCGUAUUCUACCACGCUGGCCGAUGCAUGGGCAUCAAAGACAUUCCGAAGACGAGAACGGAGAUGGAAGCAUGGUCAGAGGCUUAUGAAGCAAAGCACAUGGUCUAUGCCGAGCAAAACGAAAAGGUGGCAAAGGAAACGGUCGACCUCCUCCUCUUCCACGCUCCCCACUUCAUGCGCCCGGCUUUAUCGCACGUCGUCACAUCGCUUAUGGACGAACGACUUCGUCUUUCUAUGGGCUUUGUCAAGCCUCCCCAUUGGCUGUACGGAAUGAGCUACGGCCUCCUCCGAAUCAUGGCUCUCGUCAACCGCUACAUGCUCAUGCCAAGAAACACGCCAAAGAGCGUCGUGCCGCACAAUGGACAAGGUCUCAUGGACGGUGUCGACGCAGCCGAUCCUCAAGACAUGUUCAGCGUCUGCCCGGCUUCGGGUAUCCGGGCAGGGGAGGAGAACGGCAAGAUGUGUCCCGUCGGAGGGGCACAGAAGCAAAAGGCGAUGAUGCAGAAACGGCCCAAGCCAAGGCUGACGCCAAACUGGUGGGAGAAUGACGUGCACUAUUCUCGUGCUGCGCCAAAGUACUCAUUCGUCUGGUUCUACGAGCGCCUCUUCGUGCCCGAGGAACUUCGGAGGGGUGCUAAGAAAUGGCGUCCCAUGCACCUAGCCAAGGACCUUCCCAGUGGUCCUGUCGAUGGCCUCGAUUGUGGAUACCGACUCGAAGAGUGCGGACCGAGGGGCCUCGAGAUGCAAGGGAGGAAGGAGAUUUAUGACGAAGCGAAGAGGCUCAACGGUGGAAGGGACCUCGACGGCAUGUGGGGCUUCGAUCGAGAGGUAUAGCCCUCUCUCCCUUCUUUUCUGCGUCUUCCCAACAUUUGAAUUUCUCUGUACUUCUCUGUCUGUCUCUCCGCUUAAACGAGCAAAGCUGUGCCAGAUUAU